UGAAAGUGUCUACUGGCAUUAACGAUAAAAAAUACGUAGACCUCGAGGGAGGAGGAGAUGAACCACUGAAGAUUCUAUUGUCAAGAGAGAGUAAAUCUUCCCGAUGUUUCAACCUCAUAAAAUUCAUCUUCUAUCUGGAGAUCAUUCUGUUCAUUGGGCUGUUUGGUUUGAUGGGGCUGCAGUCCUACGUGACGAAACCCAGGAUUUAUUCAUUGUCAUCUACCAAUGAAGAGUCUGAUGUCUCGAAGAACUUGGAUUACGUCAAGAAGAUGUCAACUUUGGCGUCGGCAACUGAAGCGGGGCCAUCUCGAGAAAUGAAUUCUGGUGAAGGUACAGAAGACUACAAGAGGCUUCUGCGCGCUGAAAUUUCAGAACAGCUGGAUCAGAAAUUGAAGGAGGCGAUAGGGGAACCCCGCGAUAGUGAGAGCAAGAAAUCAAAGUUCAGUGGUGAUGGUGGUAAUAGCCACGAGCAUCAUGAUUCCAAAGUGCUUGCGGUGGUGAGAAUACUAUUACCUGAACUUAUGAUAAACGCUGGGAAUAUUGGAGGGGAAUUUGGUGGAGAUGAUCGAAGUGAAAGUGAUAGAUUCGGAGAUGAUGAUGAUAGCCACGAGACUUUUAAUUCCAAAGUGCUUCAGGUAGUGAAAAUUUUAUUGCCUGAGCUUCUGGUGAAAUUAAGGAAUCGUGGAGAGGAAUUUGGUCAUGAUGAACGAAGUGGAAGUGAAUCCCAAACCCAAAGUUUUGGAGAUUUGGUUGGAGAUAUGAGUAAAGAGGAAGGAGUGGUGUCAAGCACUCGGAGGAAUCAUGAUGUUGUCUUCGUUGAUCCCCUCUUCCCAAGUUUUGAAUCAGAUGAUCGUGAUUAUAACGAGGGGAGAUUGGAUAAUAGUGGAAAAGGUGAAAUAGUUGGGCCUGAAGAAGGUUCAGAAGCCUUCGAAGACCUUCAGCGCGGACAAAUACCUUUAUUUGAAGGGAUUCAUACGACUCCUGAUGACCCAAGUCUUCUUGCUGUAGGCGAUAUCAUGAAGAGUGAAGGACGAAGUGGAAGUGAAUUCCAAGCCCAAAAUGUUGGAGAUUUGGUUGGAGAUGUGAGUAAAGAAGAAGAAGUGUUCCCGAGUUUUAAAUCAGAAGAUCCUGACUAUAACGAGGGGAAACUGGAUAAUAGUGGAAAAGGUGAAAUAGUUGAGGCUGAAGAAGGUUCAGAAGCCUUCGGAGACCUUCAGCGCGGACAAAUGACUUCAUUUGAAGGGAUUCAUAAGACUCCUGAGGACCCAAGUCUUCUUUCUCUAGUCGAUCUCACGAAGAAGAGUGAAGGAGACUUAGAAUCAUCUGCACCAUCGGAUGUUCCGCUGCAAUCUGUGAAUAUUGGCGAGGAAUAUGGUCGUGAUGAACGAAGUGGAAGUGAAUCCCAAGCCCAAAGUUUUGGAGAUUUGGUUGGAGAUGGGAGUACAGAGGAAGGAGUGGUGUCAAGCACUCGGAGGAAGCGUGAUGUCUUCGUUGAUCCUCUCUUCCCAAGUUCUGAAUUAGAAGAUCCCGACUGUAGCGAGGGGAGAUCGGAUAAUAGUGGAAAUAGUGAAACAGUUGGGGCUGAAGAAGGUUCAGAAGCACUUGGAGACCUUCAUACGAUUCCUGAUGACCCAAGUCUUCUUGCUUCAGUAGACGACACGAAAGUUACUGAAGAAGCUGAGGUGCCAAUUCCCCAACGAAAUACUAAACAGCUGACGGGGAAUUCCCCUCAGGUGAAUGUUGAUGCAAUAGAGCCCAAUGAAGGAAUUAAAACUAAACUUCCGGAAGAUAGUAUUGAAGUCCCUUUAGAGGACCUGAAACUCAACGAAAAGUCCGAUCGCGAUGAUGCAAAUUUCGUAGUUGUAGUCGAUCCACUCGAGAUCAGUGACGAGUAUGACGGCGAGUAUGAUGUACCCAGGAGAGCGUGUGGUAACAACAAAAUUAUGGUUGACAAAAUUGGCGCCCUUCGAACGUUACUACCGGAGCACUGGUCGGGCUGUGUUGAUGCUGGCUCUGUACUCAAGGCUAUCUUCAAACACCCCAAUGCGUGGAGCGCUUUCGAGCGCUAUUUUUCUCAGAGAGCGGGGAAUCCCCGUGAUACCUGGGCGGGAGUUUGAUAUUUCUUGUUAGAACAGGGCAAUAGGUUCUAGUGUUCGGAGCAAAGUCGUUACGGUUUGAAUAAAAAACUGGUGAUUCGAUUCCAGAAGAAAUAUUUGUAAAAUGUAGCAGUAAAUAUUACUUAUUUAUCGGUGAAAAAUGUUCUUGAAAUGAAAAGGUGAGUUUUUAAAGCAAGUUCAGGGUUAGUGAACUCUAAUUCAACGCUGAUUGAGAAAUGAGUUGUCAAUUAAAUCGAGAGACAAUUAUGUAUUUUAAAGAUGUUUCAAAAAAUGCAUGAUAAAUUUUAAAACAGGAGAAAUGUAAAUUUAAAACUGCAAAUUUUUUCAAUUUAAAAAUCAACACUUUUUAAAUAAAAGAACUGAGAUCAUAGGUUUCAGCAAAAUUAUAGACAUAAUUUUUGGAAAAAGUGGAGAAUUUCAUACAUUCGUAAAAUUCAGAGAUUUUUUUCUGGAAACAACUUUUUUUCUCCUACAUAUUAUUUAUUCACGUCAUCGACUCAUGAGUUGAGCAUUCACGUUUGUUCAUUCAUAGUUUCUAAGUGUUUCUCUGUAUCGUAGUUGUUAUUUUGAUAAUUUGUGAAGAUAGAAUAUAUACUUGAAUGAUAGAAUAAUGAUGAUUCAUCUCUUAUCGUCGAUUGCAGAAAUCAUCUGGAGGCUGAGAGCUUGUGCCUCAAUUCAUUCCAUUGAAUUCCAUAAAUUAUUCAUGAAAAAUAUCGAACAAUCUUAUUCCUCAAAUCAGAGGAAAUCCCUUCAUUAUAGCACUGUCAAAACAGUAAUUAAUUUAAUUACUUCAUCAUUUUUUCAUUAUCACGAAAAAAAGAAGCCAUGAAAAUCCCACACAUGGGAGUGACGAGUUGAGCCGAGAGAGUGAAAAAAACUCGCAUGAGGAGAAGCCAUCCCAGAGCAUGGAGAAAACAAUUACGACGAUAAGGGUAUUUUAAUGGUCGCUCCAAUUAUAAAACUUUUCAGUUUCGCGUGAUCGACACACAAGCGUUAUAAUUCCCCCCGAAUCCGCGAAAUUUCUCAUUCCACACUUAGUCACAUCAGGGACUUCCCCCGCAAUCAGCGCCCAGGAUCACCUGAACAGCUCGACGCCGCAUUCUCACCUCGCCAUAUCUUCGUGAUUAAUACCGACGAACUUUUUUCCAACAACUAGGCAAAUUCUUCGUUUCAGUCAAAUAAAUUUCAUUCGAAAAAAAUAUAUGGGAUUUUUGUUUGUGUUUUUAUGAGAAGUAUUUCGUGAAUAUGAAAUGGGGAAACUAUUUUAAAUUCGAUACGAUGAUAAUACUAUUUGAAAUGGAGAGUUAAAUUUGACUAUGCCGAGCAAUCACAUGAUAUUUAUUUUUUAUUUUUAGGGGUGUUUACUAACUUUUUUAAUGAGAAAAAAAAAUGAAGUGGAAAAAACUUGAAAAAUUCGUGUCGAUAAAUUUUUGUAGGAAAAGUCUUAAUAGAAUAAGUUGUAUAGAAACAUGAAUAUUCGGACUAAGUAUUUUAA